CCAGAAUGUCACCUAAAAGAUUCGCAGGCGAUGCUGGCAUCGCGAAGUUCAUAGUGACGUUAUACGAUUGUUCGGUUUAGCCCCGCAUGAGGGUAUAAAGCUGGCAUCUACUGGUCCCUAACGCCCAUUUUCAUUUUUUGCACCCCACCACAAGUUCGAGCAGUAUGAAAGUCACUCCAGCUUCUGUCACUCUUUUAGUUGUUGCAGCCUUCCAUGACCUCUGCGUGGCCGUACCUGCUAAACGUGAUGAUACCAGUAUCCCAACAGACAUUCAGAUUCUGAAUUUCGCACUCACGCUUGAACACCUCGAAAAUGCCUUCUACACUCAAGGCUUGGAGAAGUAUACCCAGCAGGACUUCCUCAAUGCAGACCUGCCCGCCUGGGCGCGUGGACGAUGGAACGAAAUUGCACAACAUGAGUCGACACACGUGUCGUUCCUCGAGAGCGUAAUUGGCGAGCAGGCGGUACAGCCAUGCACCUACAGUUUCCCUGACACGGACCCAAUGUCUUUCGUAACAACUAGUUUCAUGUUGGAGACGGUUGGCGUUUCAGCAUAUUCUGGUGCGGCGCAGUUCUUGUCUCAGUCGGAUUACAUUACGUCCUCGGGUGCUAUCCUAGCUGUUGAAGCAAGACAAUCGGCGUGGAUCAAUUCAGCGAUUUUGAAAGCUAACCCGUGGAACACUGCGUUUGACACCCCACUAGACCUCAAUCACGUGUGGACACUCGCAUCAGGCGUGAUCGUGUCAUGCCCUUCCUCUAACAUGCCACUGCCUGUGAAAGCGUUCCCCGCAUUAUCUUUCCCUGCUGGUGCUCAGCCAGGCCAGACUGUCCAAGUCUCUUUCAACGCAACAAUGGUACCGUCGGUACCUCCACAACUUUAUGUUGCGUUCAUUGCUGGCCUCGGCGCUACUUUUGUGCCACUGAGCGCUCAAAACACAGUUGAGAUUCCAUCGACUUUACAGGGUGUCGUGUUCCCUAUAAUCACUUCCAGUAGUACGGCGGUGACUGACAACGUGACAAUUGCUGGACCCGCCUUUUUGAGUUUCCACUUCAAAGCUGAUGGCGAGGACGAACUCUAAAGUCUUCUUUGUAGUUUAGUACGUUGCUGUAUCGGAUUUUUUCUUUUUUCUUCUUUUUGGUUCGUGUCUAGUGUAUCGAUGGAAAUUUAAGUAUAUCUACUCGCCAGAACAUUCCCCGUAGUACUUAUGUGUACGGACACAUGUUGUUUUUUUCGCUAGAGCGUUAUGUGCGUCACGCACAAUUGCAAUCUAGGUGUGAAAUAUUCUACAAA